UUUGCACCUUGUAUUAAAUGUAAGAAGAAUUUAUUUAAAUUUGUAUUGGUCGUCGGAGUGUAGUGAACACUUAAGGCGGGACUAUGUCCAUUAGGACACGCUAACAUCUUUUCCCCCUUGAGGCAGACUAUUGUCUAUUGCACCCAGUUUUUGCCAUGUGUAUUCCGUCCCAUGAUGUGAUAGUGAGCGAGCUUAUUGCUGUAUCGGGCAGAAAAUAUUGAGCGGAAAAUCUUACUCGACCCGGCGUUUGAAUUGGAAACCUCAGCGCGGCAGUCUUGCUGCAACACAACUAUAACACAGAGGCAGUCGCAGUUUAUGGCACUUUAGAUAUAUUACACAACAGAUAGUGCAUUUGACGCCGACUGAUCAGUCGUUCCAAGGAUUUAGGUCGCGGCGCACAAUAAUAGCGCGUGGACAGAUUACAAUUUGUAUUGAAUGGAAAUUGCGAAACUGCUCUUUGAUUUCUUCAAAACAAUAAAUCGAAAUACGAAUUCCUAAAUAUAUAAAAUUCAAAUUGAAAUCUAAUUUAAAACAAGCAAAAGCGCCAGAGGUAGAAAUUAAAUCGUAUAAAACAAUAAUAAUGCAAGAUCCUCUACAAUUGUUGCCGGUGGAGAAAUGGUCGGACUUACAGAGAGUGUUCAAAUCCGACUGGCCCCGAGGCAUGCCCGCGUACUACACGCUAGAGACGCAGAGGCGCUGGUUGGAGCAAGGGUUCUAUUACGGCUUCAAAGUUUAUUGUCCUUACGGGGAUUUGUGGAAUGGCAUGGUUGGCGUCAAUGAGAAGGAAGGAGUUUAUGAAAUCAUGAUACUAUGUCCCAAAGACGACACGAAAAAAUUAGAAGAAGCACUCAGGAGAACUAAUAUAAUAAACUGGAACAAAACUAUUCUAGUACCGUUCGCGCCAGACCACAUUGUGACUUGUGUUAAUGGAGUUAUAGGCGAUUUUGGAUUGGAAGUAACUAAAGCGAAACCUUUUCUCUUCUAUUAUUUAGAUAAGAACAAACCAAGAUUUGACGUGAGUUUAGCACCUGGCAUCACUUUCGACUACCUAAAAGAGGACCACGUAGAACUCAUCAACAGCAAAUGGCCAUAUCGAUACCCAGGGUCUGAAUGGUACUUCAACCAGCUCGUAAUCUCUAAAAAUGGUUAUGGGUUAUACCAAAACGACAAUCUAGUCGCCUGGACAUUUAUCAACGAAAUGGGUGCUCUUGGACAUCUAUUCGUUCUAGAAGAUUCUAGAAAGAAGGGAUUUGCAGAGAUAAUUUUGAAGCUGGUCUGUAAUAAAAUUCUCGAGGAUGGCAAGGAUGCAUUAGCUUUCUGCGACGAAGAGAACAAGGGAGUCCGCAAUUUGUUCAAGAAACUUGAUUUUAUACAAUCCGAAAGUGUAACUUGGUUUUUUAUGAAUAAAACUAGUAAUAAUUAAAUUCCAUAUGACGGUCACUUCGAAGUAUUAAAUUCCAUAAGUGGUGUGAGAAGACCUAUAUUCAAGGAUGCAUCAACAAACAUCUCAAAAUAAUCUUAUUUGAGAAUUAUUAAAUUUAUGCCAAAUAA